AUGGAAGAGCGCCGCCAGCGAGCCAUAACGAACCGCCAGCAAUUCGAGCCGCAAAUCCACGAGCAAAUCCAACGCCUCUUCCAGAACUACGAAGCCCCCUUCUAUGCGCGGUUCCGUGGCUUCGGAAAGGCCCAGACGCUGGCCCUAGCGGAGUCAACCGUCGUCUCGCUGGCCGCAGUGAACAACAGGCCCUUUGAGAACUCGGAAACCCAGGCUCUCACGGAGCAUUUCCUAUCAAGCGUGCAUAACUUGCUAGCAUGGAAAUGGGCCAUGACCGGGUUUGCGGCAUACAUGACCUACCGAGGCCGCAGGGUAUGGCGGUUCCCCUUCUUCACUCCCGAGUUCAAGCGCUUCAGCCCCAUCGGCGGCAGCCCGGGCCUCAAGUUCAUGUGGCACAGCGCCCGCUUCGCCGCCUACUACGGAACUCUGUGGGUUCUCGGAGAGCCAGUCUUCCAAGGAGCAAACUUUAUGCGACAGCGCUCGGAGAUGGAGCGCGAUUCAAGGUUGCGAGCGCUCUUACAUGAUGGAAAGUCGCAAGGCGCAACUUUGCUAGGAGGUAACCCGGACCAUCGCGAGCAGAUCAACGAUGCAUGGGAAUCAGCAGCACAGCAAGAGAGCGCGAGUCAAUACAGAGAGCCGGAGCAACAGAGUCAGAACACUUCAACAUCAUCCUCUUGGGCCUCAUAUGGCACCCCUACGUCAUCAUCACAGACCCCCCAGCGAUCCGAUUCAUGGGACUCUCAAAUAGAUGACUUUGACGACGCUUCACCCGUCGCUCCCUCGUCGAAGAAUGGCUCAGAUGCUUCAGGCAACAGCAGCGGCUCAGCAUGGGACCGCAUCCGUCAGCAAGCACAAUACCAGCCAUCCUCCCAGCCAGACCGAAAGACGUGGGAGAAGCCCCAAUCCGGAGGCGGCUGGGGCUCGGAAGCCGACUCUAGCGCGCAAGUCUCCCGGGACGGCUACUCUUUUUCAAAGGCCGACGAGGAAAAGAACCGGGAUAGGGUUCAGGCGCAGCGAGAGUUUGACCGUCUGCUGGAGAGGGAGCGUGGUGGCACUGACCAGGAGAGGAGUUCGUGGAGCAGGAAGUAG